CACAUUUUAUUACUUUACUACUACUACUAGCUCAAAGCAUAACAAAAGCAAUUUUCACCAGGACACCAAGAAAAGAUGGCAAGCCACCAAGCUCCCGGAGGUCCCCAUAACCCAAACUCUCAAAUGCCCGGCCAAACUCAGAUGAUGAGGAAUGACCUAGCUAAUCAGCCAUCAGACACACAUAGCCAACAAGACUCCUCUUUCCUUGCAAAUACUGGUACGCAAGUGAGGAACAUGGCAGAAGGCGCAGCCAACAUAGCUAAAGGAGCUGCAGUUGGUGCUGCGAAUUUGGCCCACGACGCAGCUGAUGCUGUUAAGAAUACUUUGGGAAUGAACCCCAAUGAGAACCCAAGUGGCCCAAAUGAUUCAAACUGGCCUGGUAACGCCAACCGGGCUUCAGGCCCAAACAAUCCCAGCCACCCAAGUAACAACCCCAGCAACCCAAGGAUUUGAUGAUUUUAGUCCGAAUAAUUGCUACCAGAAUUACCCCACCCACCGUUUAUUCUCUUCAUUUUUAAGCUAUUUUUUUGGGUUUCCAUUUGUUUAUUUUAGUUUGUAAUGGAGUGUGGUUUAGCCGAUGUAGGCGUUCUGGAUAGCAGAGAGAAGCCAUUUCUGUGAUGAUUACUUCUGGUUUUUUUUUUUGGGCCUAUUUAUGGCAAUAAAAAUUAUGCUUCUUAGUUCA